GUCUCUCCGUAUUUCUUUCCAGGAUCUGGAGGGGAACUUUCCAUUGAUUCUGUCCUUUCCUUUUCCGCCCUGGCCUUUGCCUCGCUUCUCUGCCUGCCACAGGCCUCCAGAGCUCGCCUGGGAAACUGCUCCUCUGGUCGCCAGGGUGCCCGGUAUUUCUUACUGCCUUAGAUCAAGAAAUCUUUCAGGUGCUUGCCUUCCGGGCUGCAUUUGGAAGCUGUCUUCAGUUGCAGGAGAAGGCAACUUAACAGACGAGUCAAAAGAUGCCCCAGGGCCCAAGAGCCGCCUUGGGAGUCAAGCUGGGGGUCAGGCCCGCUCACCUUGCCCAGGCUCUUCUCUGGCAGCAUCAGCUCACUUGCUAUUGAAAGUUCAUUCCCAGCAAGAUGCCACUGCUCGCACUUAGUCUCCUCCUCUCAGUAAUUGCUCCAUUUGCAUCCGUCAGCCUCUCAGCUCGGCACCUGGAGAACUGUCCUCACAGCCCUCCUGCAGGAAAUGGAGAGACUCCUUGUGUGGGUCCUGCGCCCUUCUUACUUUUCUCCUGUGGAAACAGUAUCUUUAGGAUUGACCCAGAAGGAACCAAUCAUGAGCGACUGGUGACAGAUGCUGGAGAAUCUGUGUUCAUGGAUUUCCAUUAUACUCAGCAAAGAAUCUACUGGGUGGAUUUGGAAAGUCAACUUCUGCAAAGAACUUUCCUGAACGGGACGAUGCAGGAGAGAGUGGGCAAUAUAGAGAAAAGUAUUUCAGGAAUGGCAAUAAAUUGGAUAAAUGAAGAAAUUAUUUGGUCAAAGCAACAAGAAGGAGUCAUUACAGUAACAGAUAUGAAAGGAAACAAUCCCCGGGUUCUCUUAAGUAGCUUAAAUUAUCCUGCAAAUGUAGCAGUUGAUCCAGUAGAAAGGUUUGUAUUUUGGUCUUCAGAGGUGAACGCGAGCCUUCACAGAGUCGACCUCAAUGGUUCGAACGCAAAGUUUCUACUCGAGACGCCGGAGAAAGUCCUAGCUCUGUCGCUGGAUGUGCCUGCUAAGAGGCUCUUUUGGAUUCAGUACAAUACGGAGGGAGACGAUUCUCAUCUUGGGUCCUGUGAUUAUGAUGGGGGUUCUGUUCAUCUGAGUACCUCGCUCCCACCGCACAAUUUAUUUGCAAUCUCUCUUUUUGGUGACCGUGUCUUCUAUUCAACCUCCAAAAAGAAGGCCAUUUGGAUAGCCAACAAACACACCGGGAAGGAUAUGGUUAAAAUACAUCUCACUGCACCACCUGGUGAAAUUAAGGUGGUGCAUCCCCUUGUACAGCCCACAGCAAAGGACGAUGCUGGAGAGUCUGAUCAGAAACUUUGCAAAUUGAAGAAAGAAACCUGCAAAGACAACGUGUGUGGGCAAAACUCCAAGUCCCAUGUGUGCACAUGUGCUGAGGGAUAUGUUUUAAGCCCAGACAAGAAGUACUGUGAAGAUGUCAACGAAUGUGCCCUGUGGAAUCAUGGCUGUACUCUUGGUUGUGAGAACACCCCUGGAUCCUAUUAUUGCACAUGCCCUCCCGGGUUUAUUCUGCUUCCUGAUGGGAAACGAUGCCACCAAUUCGUUUCCUGCGCAAACAAUGCACCUGGAUGCAGCCAUGGCUGUGUUCUGACAUCAGGUGGUCCCAUGUGUUUCUGCCCGGAGGGUUCAGCACUUGCAGCAGAUGGGAAAACGUGUACUGGUUGUUCAUCAUCUGACAAUGGUGGGUGCAGCCAGCUGUGCACCAACCUCAGCCCAGUGUCCUGGGAAUGCAGUUGCUUUGCUGGGUACGACUUGCAGAAGGACAGAAAGCACUGUGCAGCCUCAGGGCCACAGCCGUUUUUGCUGUUUGCCAAUUCUCAAGAUAUUCGACACAUGCAUUUUGAUGGGACAGAUUAUGAAACCCUGUUCAGCCAGCAGAUGGGAAUGGUUUUCGCCGUAGAUCAUGAUCCUGUGGAAAAUAAGAUAUACUUCGCCAACACAGCUCUGACGUGCAUCGAGAGAGCUAACACGGACGGCUCACAGAGAGAAAGGCUUAUUGAGGACGCAGUAGAUAAGACCGAAGGUCUUGCAAUUGACUGGAUUAACCGUCAGUUCUACUGGACAGACAGAGGGAGAGCUCUCAUUGAAAGAAGUGACUUAAAUGGAACAUACUAUGAGGUAAUCAUUAAGGUGGAUAUUUCUCAGCCACGAGGAAUUGCUGUUCAUCCAAUGGCCAAGAGAUUAUUUUGGACUGAUGUGGGGAUUGAUCCACGAAUCGAAAGCUCUUCUCUUCAAGGCUCUGACCGGCAGGUUAUAGCUCGUUCUGAUCUGGUUUGGCCCAGUGGAAUAACGAUUGACUACUUAACCGAUAAGUUGUACUGGUGUGAUGCCAAGCGAUCAGUUAUUGAAAUGGCCAACUUAGAUGGUUCAAAGCGCCGAAGGCUUACCCAGAGCGACGUAGGUCGCCCUUUUUCAGUAGCCGUGUUUGAGGAUCAUGUGUGGUUCUCUGAUUGGGCUGCACCAUCGGUGAUAAGAGUGAACAAGAGGACCGGCAAAGGCAGGGCGCGUCUCCAAGGGCGUAUGCUGAAGCCCUCAUCCCUGGUUGUGGUUCAUCCCUUGGCAAAGCCAGGAGCAGAUCCCUGCUUACACCAAAAUGGUGGCUGUGAACAUUUUUGCCAAGAGAGGCACGGAAUUGCUCAUUGUGCAUGUCGUGAAGGUUUUAGGAAAGCCUCAGAUGGGAAAACGUGCUUGGCUCUGAAGGAUCUUCAUUUAUCAGAAGAUGAAGAUGAGUGUGCCCCCAUGAGAUGUGGCACCAACGCUUGGUGUGCUUCCAAAGGAGACAACGCCUCUUGUCAGUGUUUGACGGGAUUUGCUGGCGACGGAAAACUAUGUUCUGAUAUAGACGAAUGUGAGAAGAAUCCCACAGUUUGCCCUGCAGCCUCAUCCCAAUGCAUUAAUACCGAAGGUGGCUAUGUCUGCAGGUGUUUAAAAGGCUACCAGGAAGAUGGAAUUCAUUGUCUAGAAGCCACUCCUCACUCUCGUGGGGAGGAAGAUGACCUGUAUCCUGUCAGACAGAUGUACCAUACCUGUCCCCCAUCAUACGACGGGUACUGCCUAAAUGGUGGUCUGUGUGUCUACAUUGAACAAGUAGACCAGUACGCAUGCAGGUGUGUCGUUGGCUUCACUGGGGAGCGAUGUCAGCACCAAGAACUCAGAUGGGAGCUGCGGCACACUGGCCAUUGGCGGCCGCAGAACAUCACCAUGGUGACUGUCGGUGUGGUCGGGCUGGUCCUACUGCUCCCCUUGGUGAAGAACCAGCCCCAGUUCUCUGGAAAUGUACAGAAUUGGAUAGACAUUCACAGAUAA